GCCCUGCAGACUCCCGCGGCCCGCAGUCCCGGGCGUGGGUCUCCCCGGAGGCCGCAGGGGCAGUUCUCGGCCAGCCCCGCGGGCAACCAGCAGGGAAACGGAGGCUCCCGCCGAGCGCAGAGGAAGGGCGGCCCUCUCCCAUUCGGAGCUGGAGGCCGGCCAGGGAUGUCCAGCGUCCUUGCCCGGGGAGUUCCCCGGGCUCCGGCCCAAAGUCCAGUGUCCUCGGUUCUGAGCACUUGUUUACGUAGAGAUGCUCUGUGUUAGCUUCUGAUUGAUUCCCAGAGGUCUCGACACCCCCACCCAGUGUGUGGCCUGCCUUCCUGGAUCAGGUGAACCCGCUGAGAGACAGAAGAGCUUCUUCCUCAUCAAAGGCUGUGGAGCAUUUAAAAAACGAUUGCAACCUUCUGAUCUUUAGAGAUGUAUAUAGCCUCGAGUUGGAUUGGGCUUUGCGAUCUAUUUUGAAAGCCAUUUCAACAAUGGGACUCCUGGAGAAAUGACAGUCCCUUGCUGCUGCCUUUAAUUGGAGAGGAGCUCAGAGACCCGAGAUGAUAAUUAUGACGCCUUGCAUGCCGAGCUCGUCAAAAGCCUGCCAUUGUCCUUGCUGUUACCCUGAACAGCUGUGACAAACCAAACCCUGCAGACCCCGGAGCGUGCCCUGGGUCUCUCAGCCAGGCCUUACCUGGGAACUCUGAGUGAUGGUGACAUGUAGGCCGCAGGAAGACACACAGUAAACCCAGGAGUCUGUGAUGAGCUCAGAAGAGGCCUCCUUCGAAACCGCCUGUUGGAGUCGGCAGAGCCACAGGGGGGAAGGAUCCCGGUCCCUGAAUGAUCCUGUGGAGGACAGACACCGCUGAUCAGGAACAACCACUCCAGGAAUCUCACCUCCCCACCUGGGUUGUGAGGUCUUCUGGGGCAAGGAUGGCGCCUGCUCUUCCUUGGGCCCACUCUCCCAGCCCGGUCAGCCGGAGGACCGGACACCUAAGAGCUGCUUGCCUCUCCUUGAACUCUGAAAGCAGUUGGCGAUCAGAAAGUGUGGUAAAAUGGAAGACAAAUACAUAGGUCUCGGGGUGUGCUGGACUCAGUGCCAGUUCUGCCACCACUUGCUAGCCGUGUGACUAUUGGUCACUUUACAACUAUUUGCCAAGGUUCACGGGAUCCUAAUGGCUAAGUCCUCUCUUGCCUAUAAACCCUCUGCCACUAGACCCAGCAAGAGCCGUCCCUGUGAGCUGCGCCACUGUAAAUCAGUACCUCCACCCUCACCUCAGAUGUGCCGUUACCAUCAGGAACUUGACCAUGAAGUCCGCUGUCAUUCACAAUUUUUUCUCCUAGCCUUUCCUUUGGUCCAGUCUGGGAGUUCCUGGAGACACCUUCUUGCAUGUGUCCCUCAGUUUCUCAGCGUUAGCUUUCAGAGAGUGCAUUCACCCUUCCAAAAUGCAGGCACUGGGAAAAGUGCUAAUGUGCACCGUGUACUCGAAGCCAGGCCCUGUGCACAUACAGAGUGUGUGUGUGUGUGUGUGUGUGUGUGUCCUCAGGAACCCUCCAACUAUCCUAUUCUGCAGAAGAGGAAAAAGAGACCCAGAGAUGAGUUCACUUUCACUUGCCCACAUGAAGCAGCAGAGCAUAGAGGCCAGGUAUUUAACUGUUUUGUUGCAUGCUCACAGCCCGGGACAUCUGUUUCACCACACAGAGCUUGAGCUUAGGAAAAUCUUACCCAUUGACCACAGAAAGUGAGAGCAGGUCUAGUUAGGAGGUGAUAUCUAGCCCCUCAAUCCUGCCAGACAAGUCUCCUCAGAUUUUGUGAAUGAAGGCCAAGGAAGAGAAAUGUUGCAGUGACUCCCUUUGAGCUCAUAUUUCUUUCCUGUUGCAAAAAGUGCUUAUUUCAGCAUUCAUCAUCUCCCUCUUUGUAGUGUAGACAGUCCGCCCUGUCGGAGGAUUUGUGCUGUUAUUAUGAGUUUGUUUAUUAUUAGAUUUAUUUCUCCUAUAAGCAAAUGUGUUCACAACAUUCCAUCGGGGAAUCUUCUUAAUUGUCACAUAAAUGUCAUCUUAUGUAAAUUGAAUAUUUAUCUUUACACGGAAGGGGUGGAGGGGAAAAGAAAGACUAAACAACCCUCAGUCUUGGAGAGGGUAGGCGGUUCCUGUCCCAGUUCACAGCUCACCCACGUGCCUUCCAAGCCAAAGGUGAGUUGAAGAAAUUACUGGAUCAGUUUUGAGGGGCAGUGAAAAGGGAAGGGGAAGAAAAAGUUGGCAGUGAUACUUUGAGGACGUAGGGCAAGGAUCCCAGGUCUUCCCCCCCACCACCCAGACCAGAACACCCCCUCCCUAGCUGGGAGCUUCUGAGGAGGCUGCAGCUUAGCCCCCACUUCUCCCCAUCCAGAAAGCCAGCCCUGCUCCUUCCUCGAGAGAAGAUGGAAGAGAAGAGGCGAAAAUACUCCAUCAGCAGCGAUAACUCUGAUACCACCGACAGUCACGCUACGUCUGCAUCAAGAUGCUCCAAGUUGCCCAGCAGCACCAAAUCCGGCUGGCCCCGGCAGAACGAAAAGAAACCAUCAGAGGUUUUCCGGACAGACCUGAUCACAGCCAUGAAGAUCCCAGACUCCUACCAGCUCAGCCCGGAUGACUACUACAUCCUGGCAGACCCGUGGCGACAGGAAUGGGAGAAAGGCGUGCAGGUGCCCGCUGGGGCAGAGGCCAUUCCGGAGCCUGUGGUCAGGAUUCUGCCACCCUUGGAAGGCCCCCCUUCCCAGGUGUCCCCUAGCAGCUCUGAACUUGGUGAGGGCUCGCAGCCUGACUGGCCAGGGGGCAGCCGCUAUGACCUGGACGAGAUCGACGCCUACUGGCUGGAACUCAUCAACUCGGAGCUCAAGGAGAUGGAGAGGCCAGAGCUGGACGAGCUGACGCUCGAGCGCGUGCUGGAGGAGCUGGAGACGACGUGCCACCAGAACAUGGCACGGGCCAUCGAGACGCAGGAGGGGCUGGGCAUCGAGUAUGACGAGGAUGUCGUCUGUGACGUGUGCCGCUCUCCCGAGGGCGAAGAUGGCAACGAGAUGGUCUUCUGCGACAAGUGCAACGUCUGCGUGCACCAGGCAUGCUACGGGAUCCUCAAGGUGCCCACGGGCAGCUGGCUGUGCCGGACGUGUGCCCUGGGUGUCCAGCCGAAGUGCCUGCUCUGCCCCAAGCGAGGAGGAGCCUUGAAGCCCACUAGAAGCGGGACCAAGUGGGUGCACGUCAGCUGCGCUCUCUGGAUUCCUGAGGUCAGCAUCGGAUGCCCUGAGAAGAUGGAGCCCAUCACCAAGAUCUCGCACAUCCCAGCCAGCCGCUGGGCUCUGUCCUGCAGCCUCUGCAAGGAGUGCACAGGCACCUGCAUCCAGUGUUCCAUGCCUUCCUGCGUCACGGCAUUCCACGUCACCUGCGCCUUUGACCACAGCCUGGAAAUGAGGACUAUAUUAGCGGACAACGACGAGGUCAAGUUCAAGUCUUUCUGCCAGGAGCACAGUGACGGGGGCUCACGGGGUGAAAUGCCGUCCGAGCCUGUGGAGCCCAGCCAAGCCGGCGAGGACCUGGAGAAGGUGACCCUGCGUAAGCAGCGGCUGCAGCAGCUGGAAGAAGAUUUCUACGAGCUGGUGGAGCCGGCCGAGGUGGCCGAGCGCCUGGACCUGGCCGAGGCACUGGUUGACUUCAUCUACCAGUACUGGAAGCUGAAGAGGAAAGCCAACGCCAACCAGCCGCUGCUGACACCCAAGACGGACGAGGUGGACAACCUGGCCCAGCAGGAGCAGGACGUCCUGUACCGCCGCCUGAAGCUCUUCACACACCUGCGGCAGGACCUGGAGAGAGUUAGAAAUCUGUGCUACAUGGUGACAAGGCGCGAGAGAACGAAACACGCCAUCUGCAAGCUCCAGGAGCAGAUAUUCCACCUGCAGAUGAAACUUAUCGAACAGGAUCUGUGUCGAGAGCGGUCUGGGAGGAGAGCAAAGGGCAAGAAGAGCGACUCGAAAAGGAAGGCCCGCGAGGGCCCGAAGGGCAGCCCCGAGAAGAAAGAGAGAGCGAAGGCAGGGCCCGACUCAGUCCUGGGGCAGCUUGGCCUGUCCACCUCAUUCCCCAUCGACGGCACCUUCUUCAACAGCUGGCUGGCACAGUCCGUGCAGAUCACAGCCGAGAACAUGGCCAUGAGCGAGUGGUCACUGAACAAUGGGCACCGCGAGGACCCCGCUCCCGGGCUGCUGUCGGAAGAGCUGCUGCAGGACGAGGAGACGCUGCUGAGCUUCAUGCGGGACCCUUCACUGCGGCCCGGUGACCCCGCCAGGAAGGCCCGCGGCCGUGCCCGCCUGCCUACCAAGAAGAAACUGCCACAGGACGGGCCCGGGUCACGGACGACUCCAGACAAACCCCCCAAGAAGCCCUGGGGCCAGGACCCUGGCAGCGGCAAGGGGGGUCAGGGGCCACCUGCCAGGAAGCCACCACGGCGAACACCUUCUCACCUGCCGUCCAGCCCUACGGCUGGAGACUGUCCCAUCCCAGCAGCUCCCGAGAGACCCCCACCGCUGGCCCCCGAGACCCCGGACGAGGCCACCCCAACAGCUCCCGACGCGAACGUCCAAGUGCCUGGCCCUACGGCGAGCCCCAAACCCCCGGGCCGGCUCCGGCCACCCCGCGAGAGCAAGGGAACCCGGAGGUCCCCGGGUGCCAGGCCUGAUGCCGGGACAGGACCGCCUUCUGCUGUGGCCGAGAGGCCAAAGGUCAGCCUCCACUUUGACACGGAGACUGACGGCUACUUCUCUGAUGGGGAGCUGAGCGACUCAGACGUGGAGGCCGAGGACAGCGAGGUGCAGCGGGCUCCCCGGGAAGCAGGGGCUGAGGAGGUGGUCCGCAUGGGGGUGCUGGCCUCCUAAGUCGCCCCUACCCCUGUCCUGGGCCCUGCCCUGGUCCCCCCACGAGGCCUCAGCCCAGUCACAACUGCCAUUUCCAAUCUCUGCUGAGCGUCUCAGACCCUCGAGGCUGCCACGCUGCUGUGGUUUUAUUUUUAACGUAGGGAGAGUUUCGAAGUCCACACUAUUGUCUUUCCUCUGUGCUGGCCUAGGACGUUAGGCUUCCUUCCCCGGCUCUGGCCACCAGGACCACACCAGGUCCCGUGCCCCGUCCCCGCCGCGGCCGCGUCCCCACCCGGGCCGCGCCGCCCUGCUGGGCGGGCUCCUGGCUACGCGUAGACAAGGUGAACGAAGCGCUCAGGACUCCCGCCCGCUGCCACUGGGUGACACAGACUGUCGUUUGGGCAUUAUUUCCUGGCAGAUGGGCCAGCCCAGGGCCUGCCCCGCCUCGCCCCCACACCCCCCUGGGGUCCAUUUGGGGGGUCCUGCUGCAUUCCACCGAUCCCCAAGGAAGUUUAAUAAGUGAUACCCAGCCAGAGUCUACUCACUGUCACAAGCACAACGAGCUUAUACGAGAAAGCACUGAGGGGCGCAGAAGGCCCGCUGGUUCCAAGGGAACCGUAGCCGUUCUGAUCAACCCACAUCAUCUGAGGCCUGCCUGCCCACCCCGUCACCCUCCACUCCCUUGCUGCUCUGCCCCUGCCAGUGCCCAGCCUGGCGGCUCUGGGAAGGGCUUCUGAGCAUCCUUCCUGAGCUGUGCCGUUUUCUCAGGGGACUCCCAGACGGCCAGCCGCCACUGCCGGCGGAGGGCCGCGGGGGGCGCCAGUGCCCAGACGGGGCAGGGGGUGGUCGUGGGGCUCGGAACCCCCACUGCGGAGAAUGGCUCGGGGCCACCAACUUCCUUCCUUCCUUGGGGCCAGUCUCGGCCGCGGUCCGCUCCCUCCCAGACAGCCGACCGGACCAGGCCGUUUGCCUUUUCAAGUUUCCCAGUCCUGCUAAGAGAUGAGCUGCUUCCUCAGUUCCUUUUGGAAACUCCUCCUUCCAACAAGCAGUGGGAUCCCGGGGCCUGGCGGGUUGGUGAGGCCCUGCUCGGGCCGUUUUAAGUCUUGCUGGAUCUUCCUGGUUCCUCCUCCUCCCCCACCCCCACCCCCACCCCCACCCGAGCCUUAACCCGUUCCGGCCCGUGCCCUUCUCCCCAGCAUCCCCUCCUGCCUUCCCCGCCCCACCCUCUAGGUCCCAGGUAGUAGCGCUGAAACGUUUCAUUGGAGUGGCCCCAGGGUGAUAGCUCAGGGAACAAACAAAAAAAGGAAUUCCGUGAAAACUUGUUCUUUUUCUUUUAUGAAUUACUCCUGGGUCACUUCUGCCACUGGUAAAGCCGGGACUUCUCCAACAAGAACCUUGCAAAAGUCCAGUGAACCAGUCGAAUCAUUCUGUGGAUGCCAAAGAAUAUUCUGAUCAUAACACAGCACAGCCUGGACCUGACACCUUCACUCGGCCCCUUUUUUAACGGGCGUUCUUUAGCACCCGGGUCUGGAAACAUGUUCAUUGCACACGCCCACGGAGGUGAGCCCGGCUCUUGGACGCGGAUGCUGUUGUGCUGCUCAGCUGUCGGAUCCGGGAGCCUGGGUCUCGCUCGGGUCCUGGGCUGGGCCCACUGUGCGCUCUCCGAAACGCCGAGACUCACCUCGGGGAGGAGACCGACGGCGCGACCAGCGUGGCAGAAGUCUUUCCAUGGGGCCCCCCCAACGCAACACACAAAGCGCAAAUGAGCGGGACGGGGAGCACCUUGACCGCCCCGUCCCCCGACUCCAGACUUUCAAGGUACGACAGUGGCGUGGUCAGCGACACUCCAGUUUCAUGUGAAUUUUAUCAAAACAGGAAACAAAGAUACUGACUAAGUGGAAAGGGUUGGACAAAAUCGUGCAUUCAGAGCAGACUCGGGGUGGGCGUCGAGGACUCUGGGCGCUGGGAUGGCCUGAGCUGCCACAUAGAGGUUCGUCUGCCUGCCCGCCUUGGUAGCAGUGGCCAGUGCAUGGUCAGCAGCAGCGUCCCAACCCCCUUCUCUGUUUACUGCCUUCGAACAGACCACCUUCCCUCCCCGUGCUUUGGGUCACCUCGGGUCACAACCUUGUCUGCCGGAUGGCCCAGUUGGACCUCACAGGAAGCAAAGGGAUGAGCUUUAAAGAACAACCAAACUCUGCCAAGGGUCAUGGGUGCCAGGAAUGGCUCAAGUCCAGUAGGCUCGGCCCUUGCCCCCUAACCCCUCAUCCAUCCUGAAGCAGGGUCUGGGCUCCCUGGGGCGGAGGUGCGGAGAGAGCCAGCGUGGGAGGGUAGCGGGUCUGGCCAGGCGGCCACUGCUCUUGCGGGGCCCCCCACUCAAGGUGGCCUCUGGAGUCCAACCCUCUUCUGAGCUGGCUCUUGCUUUGGACUGAACUCUCCCUGGAGCCCAUGUCCUGCAUGGAACCCAGGUGUCUGUAAGGCUGGCUGUCGGGGGACUCCCGGGCCAGGCCUUAGAGCUGCCCCUGCCAGGCAGCUGUCCCCCUCCAGGAUGUCUGCCAGGCUGCAGAGAGGCCAGCUCCCAUGGCUGGCCUUUCAGCCGGUCGCCUCGGCUCCUUUGCUCUUUUUUCCUGCCUACCAGACACCGUGUAGGCGGCUCUGCAGCCUCAGAGGUUAGGGUGGGAAGCUGGGAAGAAGGCAGAAGGCCUUUUCCAGAGCAGAGGCUGAGAGGCAGGUCUCUCACUGCCCACAUCUACCCACACUCGCUGGCCCUCCUCAGGGAGGGGGCGCUGCCGUGGACUCCUCCCGGCUGCGGCUGCCCUUCUCCCAGCCCCCCCACCUGCCCCCCCUCCCCUCGUCCCGGUGAGAACGGAUAAUGUGCAAGGAAAGUAUUUUUAUGGGUCAUAAAAGUAUUUUAGAACAGGGAAGGAGAAGAAAGGUAGCGUGUUUAUUUUCUUACGUGAGCUCUGCCUUGGCGACAGUGUGUGAGCCUUUGCAGUGUAAAGGUCUCAGCUUCCUUGGGAAAGCCACCCAGGUUUCCAAACGUGGGUGUGUGCCAGGGCACGUCUCGCGUCGCCCUGUGCGUGCGUGUCUGUGUGUGUCGUGUACGGCACGCUGUGGGCCUUGCCGGGACGGUUCCUGGAGAAUCGAGAGCCCGGUUCUAACAGACAGUGGCAGCAGCUGGACGUGGCAUUUCCUUGCUCACUGCCAGACAGGGCCAGCCUCUGCCCAUCCUCGAAGCUCUGCAGAAUGGUCUGGAUGCCUGUAGCCAGGCCCCUGGCCCAGCUGGCCACAUUGGCCAAAGAGCCGGGGCUGGAGUCUGGAACCUAUGGUUGUUCUUUAAGGCACUUCCUUCCGCCUUGUCUCAGAGGCCUGACACCCUGUGCUCCGCAGGGGCUCGGGGGUGGCGGGGAGGGGGGGUGAUAUGAAUGUCACAGGAGGAGACACCUUCUGUCUUUGUUUCAAAGAAAGUGAUGUGCCAUUUGUUAAUAUACAAGAGAAAUACUGAAAAUAUAUUGAAAAGAGCAAUUUUAAAUUAUUUUUGGCUUAUGUUGCAAUAUUUAUUUUCUUGUAUUAGAAAAGAUUCCUUUGUAGAGAAAAAUGUAUUUUUCAUUAACGCAAAGACCUAUUUCUCCUUUUUGUACAUUGUCCAUGUUCGCUGCCCUAAUGAGCAAUAGAAUGUAUGGCCGCCUUGGGGCAGCCGGUACCACGUGCCCUGCAUGAUUCUGUGUUGCCGCUGCUGCGUAGCUCCCAGUCCCAUCCUGUCCUGCUCACUCAUGGGGGUUUCCAGAGCCCAGCCCCUGCCAGGGCCUGUGUCUUCAGGACCCCUCUGCACUCCUCGUGUGUUGGCAAACGCAGUUAAUAAAGCAAUGUUUUCUGUG